AUGGACAAAUCUAAUAACGUUCAACACAAUAUACUUGAUUUACCUGAUGAAGUUUUAUUCAUCAUUUUCAAGAAACUCAACAUUAUUGAUGCUUUUUAUUCACUUUCUGAUAUCAAUCAACGAUUUAAUCGAUUAGCACUUGAUUUUCUUUAUAUUCGUCAUCUUGAUAUGACCACUAUUACAAACAUGAAUUCACUCUAUAACCAAAUCUCUUCAAUAGAUCCUCAACUUCUUUCAAGAAUUUGUCAAAAAAUCUUACCUCCACUUCAUCAUGAAGUAUAUAAACUUACUGUUGAACAAGAUUCCAUGAAACAAAUUCUUCUUGCUGCCAAUUAUCCUAGACUUUACUCAUUAUCGCUUAUAAAUUUUGAAGAAAAAAUAAUUUAUCAAUAUUUAACAGAUAAUUUAGUUCUUCGUGAUCUUCUUACCAAACAAAUAACACAUCUUAAUAUUGAUAUAAAAAAACCAGUAGACUACUGGUCGGAUACUCUUUUAAAUAUUAUUGCAUUAAUCUUAUCUUUAUGUAAAAAAUUAACUGUUUUGAAUUUUGGUGAUAUGUUUAUCACACGAAAAUCUAAUUCGACUUUUAUCGAUGGUAUUCAAUUAUAUGAUCAAUUACUUAUUCAUAUGACACAAUUAAAAAAAUUUACAUUUAAUAUCAAGACAACCGCCUUCAAAAAUAAAAAUAACACUAGAGUUGAACUUCCGUCGAAUGAAGAUAUUCAACAUAGUUUCGUCGGAAGAGGUUAUCAACAAGUAGCUUCGUAUGUUCACACGAAAUCAUCUGCAUGGGAUGGCGAAUGUCAUAUCUAUUCACUGCCAUACGACUUCGAAUAUUUUGUUAACCUCGACAAUUAUUUUCAAGGCGGCAUGUUUCAUAAACUUCGAGAAUUAACAAUAUGUGGUAGAGAUCCUUUGGAAUAUAAAUUAUUUCAAAUCAUUUCUCAUGAUUUUCCUUUUCUCGAUGUCUUAUAUAUAUCAAAUAGAUAUUCAAUAAAAGACAAACAAUAUUCAUCUAAAUUGAUCACAUUUCCUUAUCUCAUAUUUCUUGAUCUCCAAUAUACACAUGUUGACUAUCUCGAAUUAUUUCUCUUGAAAAAAAAUACUUAUCUACCUCAUUUGUUAAAUCUCUUUAUGGAAUAUAAAUCACUCACGAUGAUAACAGAUAAUUUUACCAAUAAUCGAACGCAUUUCAAUUUUGGUAAAUUAAAAAGUCUUGAUGUAUGCGAAUCUUUUGUUCGUCCAGAAAAUUUUCAUGAAUAUUUUCCUUUGUUAUAA